AGGGAUACCAUCACCGUCGUCUCCUCCCCAUCCAUUGCAAGAUGAGCUCUCUCCGCUUCGCUCGCUCUGCCCUCCGGGCCCGUCCCUCUGCCUUCCGCGUUCCUCUCCAGCGCAGAGGUUACGCCGAGGCCGUGAACGACAAGAUCAAGCUUUCCCUGGUCCUUCCUCACCAGACCAUCUUCAAGUCGACCGGCGUUGUCCAGGUCAACAUUCCCGCCGAGUCCGGAGAGAUGGGUGUUCUCGCCAACCACGUCCCCUCCAUUGAGCAGCUCAAGCCCGGUCUUGUUGAGGUCGUUGAGGAGGGUGGUGCUACCAAGAAGUUCUUCCUCUCCGGUGGAUUCGCCGUUGUCCAGCCCGACUCCCAGUUGAGCAUCAACGCUGUUGAGGGUUUCCCUCUUGAGGACUUCAGCUCCGACGCCGUCAAGAACCAGAUCGCCGAGGCCCAGAAGAUCGCCAGCGGCAGCGGCAGCGAGCAGGAUAUCGCUGAGGCUAAGAUUGAGCUCGAGGUGCUCGAGACCCUCCAGGCUCACCUCAAAUAAAUUACCUGAUGUACAUAUCCACUCGCGAUUCCAACCUUGAACGUGUAGAACUAUAACCAAUUAUUAUUCUUUAUUGACCUCCCAAACACGUGCUUCCAUAGCAUCCUUACUAUUGUGUUGCCUGUUGUGAAGCGUAUUCUCGUGACUCUUGCGCUUUAUAGUACACACGCUUUUCUCCUUGGCCUUUGCCCUAUUAACCAUAGCUAUACAAUAUUCAACCAAAGCACUCAUUAUUACUCCAUAGUCAUUCACUGACCAUAUUGCCCUUCAGUGAGUAGCAUACAUUGGCAUAAAUCAUGUUGGAUUCAACAUAGAUACGGCCAUAUAAGGAUGAUUCAAGCUUAGGCGACGGCACGACUACCUGACUUUAUGUCAUUUGCCCUGAGCGAUAAUCUUGUGGUUUCGUUUAUAUCAAUCCUUGGGUUAGGGUCAUUUUUAUGGAAAUGGUCCAGAUCAGAUAUCACACGUACAAUACCGCUAUUAACUUUUACAAAUUUUCUAUCAAAUCCGC